UCAUACCGUUGUUGUUGCUGCAAAGCCUGGUGAUAAUGGAAACAAUAGAGCUUUAAUAUCAGUGUCUAUCAAAUUCAAAGUGGAUGUGGUCCUCUCCUCCUGAAAAGACAUGGUUGGAGGAUAUGCUGGGUGUAAAGAACCUCCGGGGAUUAAAGGGAAAUAGGAAAAGAAGUCGCGACAAGAAAGUUGCGGAUGCUUCGGAGUUAUUGGCCAAAGCUACCAAGGACUGCAAUAAGGUAAUGGAGACGGCAGAGAGUACACCAUCAGCCCCCAAACAAUCGCAGCAGAACCUCACAGAAGCUUUAGUUGGUGUUGCUACCAGGUUCAGCGCACCUCAAGACCAAACGCAUGAAAAUUCUGUCCAAGUGCAAUGCACAAAGUCUGCCCCACAAAAGGAUCUUUCUUCAACUCAGCCGCAUGUCCAAGUCAAAUCCGAAACAUCAAAUGAUGACUUGGUGGACUUCCGGGGCUUGGCAAUGCUUCCAAGGUGCCAUGCCGCAUUGCUUGAGGAGGCCUGUCUUGAUCAUCCAGAUUUGGCCAUUUGCUCGGGCAGCAGGACCUCCAGAUGGCGCCAUUUUGCUUAUGAAACGUUGGGGGAGCUGCUGUUUUUCCUGCAUUCAACGAGAAGGAGAGAAAUGACUGAGGAGAUGUGCAAGCGUCUCAAAGGGCUGUGGAAGGAGGCUCAACUUUUGGGGUUUGAUUUAUCUUGGUUGUCUACUACUGUGACGUUUGGACUUAGCGCAAGUUCCCAUUUGGAGUGGCAGGGAGGGUGUUCUUACGCUGGCAAAUCAAAAGAGGCAUUUGAAUGAGGAGAGGGAUAGUCUGCGGUGCCAAUUGUCGACACUAACGAUGCUGUUGUGCCAGAAUGAGCGGGACAGUGCUGCCUUGGAGAAGCAGUUUUUGCAGGCCAAGGCUAACCUCAAGCUCACUGAGGAGGCUUUUCUUUGUGUGCUCUUUUGACUAAGGAUACAAGAUGGGAAUAUACUUAACUAAGUUG